AUGAGUCGCUCCUGCUUGUCCACCGUGUUCCUCCCUAUCGCGUCGGCGCUCACCUUCUGUCCUGCUCCUCAGCCCCGUGAGCGAGCUUCGGUGGCGUUUAAGGGCAUUUGGACGAAGUCGUUUAGGCGCGCCGUCUCCGGCGAGUUCCUAGCCACCCUCAUCUGUGUCUUGCUGGGCCUGGGCUCUACCGUGGACUGGGCGUCGGGCACGGAGAAGCCGUCACCCGCCGACCUGGUGCUCGUCUCGCUGUGCUUCAGCCUGGGCGUCGCCACCGUGGUGCAGUGCUUCCUGCCCUUCAGCAGCUGCCACAUCAACCCGGUGGGCAAGCUCAGCCUCGCCAAGGCCCUGUUCUACGUGACGGCACAGUGCCUGGGAGCCAUCGCCGCCGCGGGUCUUCUCUACCUGCUCACGCCCAGCGCUGUUAGGGGCAACCUGGGCGUCACCAAUGUGCACGUAAACCUGGACAUCUCGGUGGGUCACGCACUGCUCGUGGAGCUCCUGAUCACGUUUGAGCUGCUCUUCACCGUAACGGCCACAUGUAAUGCCAAGCGUGCCGACCUCACAGGGUCAGCCAGCCUCGCUAUCGGCCUUGCCGUGGUAAUCGGCCAUCUGUUUGCGAUACGGUAUACCGGGGCCGGAAUGAACCCAGCCCGCUCCUUUGGACCUGCACUCGUAACUUAGAGCUGGGAACACCACUGGAUGUACUGGGGGCCCAUUCUAGGUGGGAUCUUAGCAGCGGCAGUGUAUCAGUAACUGUACUGCCCAGACCCUGUGCCUAAGAGUCGCUGCAGGGAGAGGUUCUCCAGAGAUGCCUCCGGAAAGUACAAAGAGGUGGAGGGCUCCAGCCUCCAACAAGCUGGAGAGGCAGACGACAUCUCCGUCAGGCCUGUCCUGGAGAUCGAUAGAGGAGAGAAGAAGGAGCCUCUCCAGGAGCUGUCGGCUGAUGUGCUUUCUUCGGUAUGA